AUAAGACUCCAGCUUCAGUUUCACGUCAUUUCUCUCUCUCUCUUUUCUCUCUCCCUCCUUUCUUUGCACUAUAAAUAACACACAUACCUUGGACCACCAACACCAACACCUUCAUUCUCCAUUUUCUCACAUACCCUUUUUGUAAUAGCAGCAGCUGAUUUGGUUUUUUUGCUUCAAUGGGGGAUAGCAAUGUCAAUCUUCCACCGGGGUUUCGAUUUUAUCCCACUGAUGAAGAGCUUGUAGUCCAUUUCCUUCAGAGAAAAGCAGCACUUCUACCUUGCCACCCUGAUGUCAUUCCUGAUCUUGAUCUCUACCCUUUUGAUCCAUGGGAACUUGAUGGUAGAGCUUUGGCAGAGGGGAACCAAUGGUACUACUACAGCAGAAGGACACAAAAUAGGGUCACUGCCAAUGGUUAUUGGAAUCCAAUGGGAAUUGAAGAGGCAGUGGUUUCAAACUCAAGCAACAGGAGAGUUGGUAUCAAGAAAUUUUAUGUGUUCUAUGUUGGAGAAGCCCCUCAUGGUAACAGAACCAAUUGGAUCAUGCAAGAGUAUCGUCUUUCAGAUUCUGCAGCAUCCUCUAGCAGAUCAUCAACCAAAAGAAAAUCACAACCAAAAACAGAUCAUAGUAAAUGGGUGGUAUGUAGAGUUCAUGAAAGUGAUGAAAAUGAUGAUGAUGGUGAUGGUGAUGGAACAGAACUCUCUUGUUUGGAUGAAGUUUUCUUGUCAUUGGAUGAUCUUGAUGAAGUAAGCUUGCCAAAUUAGAUGAUGCAAAACUUUUGUUAGCAGCAUUAUUAUCCCAAAUGGGGAUAAUUAAUUAAGGCUAAAUAGCUGUUUAAUGCA